UAAAGCUGAAUAUUCUUUCAUACCGGUUACUGCUUUAAUACAACCAGGAACAUUAUCAUUAUCACCAUUUACACCGCCUUUAAUGAAUUAUUUUCCAUCAUCAUCAUCAUCAUCAUCCGGUAUCCAAUAUCCAUGGCUAAUUGCUAAUAAUCAAACGGAUACGAGCGGAAAGUUGAACGGAAAUAACAGUGAUAUCGGUAUUAUUUCAUCAUCAUCAACGUCGUCAAAUAAUAUUCAAUCAUCAUCAUCAUCGUGUGAUCGUUGGUUUUCAUCUGAACUACAUAAAAAUGGUACAUUUACAUCACCCAACUAUCCGGAACCAUAUCCGACACAAAUGCGUUGUAGUUAUCAUUUUGUUGGACAUGGUAAAGAACGUGUACAAGUGAUAUUUAUGGAUUUUGAUGUACAUAAAGUUGAAGAUCAACAUCGUGAUUGUGAAAUAUCCGACAGUCUAACUGCCUUUAUUGUAACAAAUGGCCAAAAAGAAUGGAUCGAUGAUUUUUGUGGACAAGAAUUACCACCACGUAUCAUGUCAAAUGGACAUAGAUUAACACUUGAAUUUAAAUCAUUAGAUCAUGAUGCACAACCGUAUAGAAGAUUUUAUAAAAAAAUUAAUUAUCCACAUUCAUCAUUACAACAUAAUAAUCAAUUUUUAGAUUCAAUGAUACAGGAUAAUCCAUAUGAUUCAUCUAACGAUAAUCAUGAUUAUGAUGACAAUGAUGACAACGAUGAUGAUGAUGAUGAUGAUCAAAUGAAUAUGCAAAGAAAAAAUCAUCAACAUGGACGACAAUAUAAUCGUUAUCAUUCAAAAGGAUUUAAAGCAUCAUUUCGUUUUGUAACAAAUUUUGGCAUUGAAACUGGACAUCAAGAUUCUAAAUCAGUAUGCGGUUUCGUUUACAAUUCAACCAAAACAAAACGUGGUCAUUUUACAUCGCCAAAUUAUCCUGGAUUGUAUCCAAAAGAUACCGAAUGUCAUUAUUUUUUCUAUGGAAAUAUAACCGAAAAAGUCUACAUACAAUUUGUACAUUUUGAUGUUGAAGGCGUUACACCAUGUACAUUGGAAACGGCAAGUGAUUAUGUUGAAUUCUCAAACGUAUAUACGGCCGAUCGUCGUGUAUUUAGACAUUGUGGCCUAAAACAUCCAAAAUCAAUUGAAUCGGAUGGUGAUUUUUUUCGUGUUACAUUCAAAUCUAAUGGACGUUUUGAUGGUACUGGUUUCAAAGCAAACUACGAAUUUCGUUAUUCACCAUCAUCAUCAUCAUCGUCAUCAUCAUCGCCAUCAUUAUAUCAUCAUCAUCAUCAUCAUCAAUGGACAAACAGACAAAUUGUUGAUUAUUUAUAA